GGUCACUGGAAAGUGCAUUUUACCCCAUAACCGAUCGCAUAGUCGAAGGACACCUUUCGCGCUUCUGGUUAUCCGAGCUAGACCCGCACUUCCAGCCAACCCCGACGACCCAGAAAGCUUAUGCGUUGAUGUGUUUCCUGGAAAUGCGGCUAUGGGAAUUGAGUUCGGCCCUCCUGUCCAUCUCCAAUACGGAGUCAGCUUCGACUAUGCAUGACAAUUUGCUUCUCACACGAAUGUCCUGGACCACGGCCUUCUCUCCGUUCAGAGACUUAAGUUAUGUGCAUUCAGAGGGCAUGGUCCAGUACGCGUUUGAAGGCACGUUACCAGAGUGGGCAGCUGUGUUCGGAGCCGUGACCGACCUGCCCAGUUGUGGAGAGUUAUUUGCAUUCCUCCUUGAGAAUUGGUCUGCAUCGUUUGUGCGGCAAACACCGGGGAUUCUGCUCUCGGUCUUGCUCGCCCAUGCAAGCCGCUGGUCCCCUUGUUCGGUUAACUGUCAGCCGUCAGUAUGCGACGUCGCUAAAACAAUCGCGUGCGGGGCAAGUUUAGAACCGCCAGAGUACCAGGUGACGCCUCUGCAAAUUGCAGCAGCAAGGGGAGACGUUAACGCUACUAGGAUGCUACUCGCUGCAGGAGCGAAAGUCAAUAGCACAGGGCCUGUUGGCGGCACUGCGUUCUCUACAAGAAAUCCGCUGAGCCAUAUCAACUCUUUACAUGGCGCUAGCCCACUGUACCUCUGUCGAAGAUAUUUACAGCACUGCGCUUCCGAAUAUGUUGAAGGUGGACUGCAUGUUGAGAGGCUGCUACUGGAGCAUGGAGGUGAAGAGUUAAGGACUUCAAUGCAUGGUCUAGUGGAGGGCUGUGAGAUAGUGGAUGACAUCGUGGACGUUAUAUUGAACAGACGAGACGUCAUAUAAUAUAGAUAGUGAGUAUGGGCAACGUAUCCUCAUCGGCGACAGCAACAACAAUAUCAAUGGCGACGGCAAUAUCAAUGGCAUCGGUGCCUUUGAAUUUCCUUCCAUACCAAACCCUAACCCCCUGCCGGUACCGGCAAAAAAGUGGAGAGGCGGGGUCGGGAUGGGUAAAUGGGGGGGUCGGUAUGGAGGCGCUCUAU